AUGUCACAAAGCGACCUCUCCAAGAUCGAGGCUGGCAACCUCUUCAAUGUCAAUGGCCUUGUGGCGGUGAUUACAGGCGGUGGAUCGGGGCUCGGGAGAAUGAUGGCACGCGCACUGGCGGCCAAUGGAGCGUCCAAGGUGUUCAUCAUUGGGCGGCGUGAAGACGCUCUAAAGGAGACAGCAGCUUCAGUGCCCAGCAGCAGUAUCAUCCCUGUUGUUGGUGAUGUCACAUCCAAAGACUCUCUACAGAAGACCGUCGAAGCCGUCAAAGUACAUACCGAUGCGAUUGAUGUCCUCGUGGCCAAUUCUGGCAUAUCAGGGCCACCUGUUGCAACCCUUGAUGCCAAUCAACGACCAGUCCCCAUAGAGGAGCUGGUGAAGAACAUGUGGGCCCCAGAAGCAGAGGCCAUCACAUCCACCUACGCUGUCAAUAUUACUGGCGUCCAUUUCACAGUUGCUGCAUUUCUCCCUUUGUUGAAUGAGGCCAACAAGAAGAGACCCGAGAAACCAACCGCGGAGAACUUCAGACCACGCCCACAGAUCAUUACUACAGGUUCGAUCGGAGGUUUCAGCCGCAAGCCUUUGGGUAACCUCAGCUACGGCGCAAGCAAAGCGGGACUUACCCAUCUGACUAAACAAUUGGCGACAUCACUCACGGCAUAUGAUAUCAGGGCUAAUGUGAUUGCACCCGGAUUGUACUUCUCGGAGAUGACUCAGGGUAUGUAUGCGGCACAGGGGAAGACUGAGAUCCACAACAUUGAAGGCGCAUUCACGAAGGAGAUGAUUCCCGCCACACGAAGUGGUGAUGAAGAAGAUAUGGCGGGGGUCAUACUGUGGCUGACUUCACGAGCAGGAGCCUACAUUAACGGCUGUGUCGUGGUCACUGAUGGAGGACGGCUUAGUAUCGUUCCCGCUUCCUACUAG